GCAUGCUGGGCCUGGGACGCCGCCGGGGCUCGCGCCCUGGGCUGCUCGGCCGCCGCUGCCCCGGGCGCCCGGCAUGUCGGUGCACUACACCCUGAAUCUCCGCGUCUUCUGGCCCCUGGUGACUGGCCUGUGCACCGCCCUCGUGUGCCUCUACCAUGUCCUGCGGGGAAGCGGGGGCGCCCGGACCGAGGCCCCCGAAGGCGCGGACGGCGGCUUCCCGCUGCUCAAGGUGGCCGUCCUGCUGCUCCUCGGCUACAUCCUCCUGCGCUGUCGCCACGCUGUCCGGCAACGCUUCCUGCCGGGGUCUCCCCGCCUGGGGGGCCACUCCGCCUUCUCUCCUAGACACUUAGGAGAGCCCAGCCUCGACAUCUUGCUGGAGAGUUACUACGAGCACGAGGUGCGCCUGUCGCCGCACGUGCUGGGCCACAGCAAAGCACACGUGAGCCGGAUCGUGGGCGAGCUGGUGCGGGCUGGCCGCGCCCGAGGGUCCCCAGGCCCUAUCCCCGGGGGAGCGCUGGCCUUGGCCUUUCGCGGAGAUUUCAUCCAGGUAGGCAGCGCCUACGAGCAGCAUAAAAUCCGCCGGCCCGACGGCUUCGACGUGCUGGUGCCGCUGCGCCUCCCUCCCCUGGUGGCGCUGGAGCCGCGGAGCCUGGGCGCGGAGCCCGCGCUGGCCCCAGCCUUCCACGGCUGCUUCGUGUGCGCACUGAAGGCGCCGCCAGGGGCUUCCGGGGGCCACUGGCUCCGGGACUGCAAAGCCUUCGCCGACGGCUUCUGCGUGGAUGUGCGCGGGCGGCGCCAUCUCUCGGCUACGUUGGUACUGCGCUGGUUUCAGUCGCACCUGCAGCGCUCCCUGGCCACGGUGCGCUACAGCCUGGAGGGGCGUUGUCGGGUCAGCCUGACCCCAGGUGGCCUGGAGCAGCCCCCUACCCUACACGUCCUGCCCUGCCGCACCGAUUACGGCUGCUGCCGCCUUUCCAUGGCCGUGCGUCUCAUCCCUGCCGUCCACUUGGGCGACAGUGUCUUCCUGGUGGCCCCACCACCGCCACCCUCACCCGUCGGGCCCCUGUCGGAGCUCCCGGGAGGCCUGCGCGCCGAUGCACUGUGGGGUGUGAACACGGCGCGCCAGGAGCAGAAGCUGCUGAGCUGGCUGCAGGAAAGGGCCCCUCCAGGUGCCUGCUACCUCAAGUGCCUGCAGUUGCUUAAAGCUCUGCGAGACCUGGGCGCCCGCGGGCUGGACCCGACGGCCGCCACCCAGUGGGGACGCAUCCUAUCCUCAUACGUGCUCAAGACAGUGCUGCUGGCGGCGCUGCUACGCCAGGGGGCUCCCGCACAAGGCUGGGACGAGGCGCACCUGGGCGAGCGCUUGGAAGAGCUAGUACAGCUCCUCAGGGAUUGCCUGUUGCGACGCCGUACACUCUUCCACUGCCUCCUGGGCCCUGGAGGGGCGGCCGCCGAGGUGGGCCCACUGCCCAAGGUACUGCGUGAAGCCACCCCGGUUGACCUCCUGGCCACUUUCGACAGGCAGGCCCGGGAACUCGCGGCAGCACGGUUGCUGUCCACGUGGCGAAGGCUGCCCCAGCUUCUCCGGGCCUAUGGGGGUCCCCGCUACCUUGCCAGGUGUCCCCCACCCCGGAAUCAGCGCCCCCAGGGGUUCCCUGAAGAUGAACCAUAAACCCUGCCAGAGCCCCAACCUGGCCUGGUGCUCCUGAAGCCUCACCCACCA